CUAAAUCACUCGAUCUGUUCUUCUUUUAUUGCUCGUUACGCCUUCAUAAUGAUUAAACCAAAAAUUGUUUUUUUUUACGCGCUACUACAUGGAUUUUUGGUGCUUAAUAGUGGCGCUGAAUGGCAAGUGGAAGAUCCAAACCAGUGUGCUGGAUUUUGUUUCAGAGCGGUACUGAACCAUAUGUUCUACCGCCAAGGUUUGGGAUCCAACUUGAACGAUUCCAAUCGUCAAGCCUCAGAGUUAAGGCUGGAAAAUAUUGAAAAACAAUUGGCUGCCCAACACCAGAUCCUAACCAGCCUGGCUUCAUCGCAGGGCACAUCUCAGAAGAACAUCCCAAAGAACUUUGAGAAGAUUGGCUCUGGCUUCUAUUAUAUUGAGCAAUACCACAAGGCUAAUUGGUUCGCUGCUGGAGAAUUAUGUCGCCGGAUGGGAGGUCACCUGGCGAGCAUCAGUAAUGAAACGGAGUUGAACGCCAUUAAGGCACAACUUACCACCUCAACUGAGUACUGGCUGGAUAUCAAUAGUUUGGGCGACAAAGAUGUGUACAUGUCCUCGACCUCUGGAAAUAAAGCAAGUUUUUUGAAGUGGGCUUCAGGGGAACCCAGUAAUACGGCCACCGAUCACUGUGUUUUGUUUAAUAACCUAAUGUAUGAUAGAACGUGUGAACAGUUAACUUUAUUCAUUUGUGAAGCAGGCGAUGAUGAGUAAUAUAAAUGAAAUAUAAAAAUGAUAAAUAA